CCGCAGGACUGCCUGUAGGAUCUUCAAGAUCCCACAUCCCCCCCGACUUCGUCAAGAUCCAUAAUAGAUUUGGCUUCGACGUAAAGGGAAAUGCGAUAUGGAGAAUAUGAUGAUCGACAAGAGCGAUGACUAUGACGUGAUGGAGAUACUGAUUUACAACGCCAAGGAUGCGGACCUCUACGCUUUUGUGAUCAGGCCUAUGAAGAUCUGUGAAAGGCUGGAAGCGCUGGCGGGAACGUCGAGGAGCACCAUGUGGGACGCGAUCGCGGGGAAUUUGGGCGUCAUGACGAACUGCAUCACGACCUCCGUGAGGAUCUCAGCGAACACCAUGUUGCAUAUGAGGACGGUCUCCGGUUCCGACGAGAGCUUAUUCGAUGACACCCUCAUCCUCAACCAGUCACCGGGCGCUACAAAGCGUCAUCGUCAUCAACGAGAAUUCCUUGCAAGGCUCCAUCAUGUCGAAUCUGGGGACCUCCAUCAACAGGGUCAUCUCAUCCCCGACCUUGCAGGGGAUAUCCGAGAGAUUCGGGUUCCCGAAGUCUGAGCUUUCUGACGAAGUAGUAGUAAAUGACAUUUUGGCGUGUAACAGUCGCAUCUACAUCAGGGACGGGAGCGAGUACAUGUGCGUUAAGGACGGGUGUAGGCGUUGUUAAGCCUGGUGCUGGAUGAAGUCAUCGAGGGGGUGAAGAAUUUCAACAAGCCGGGGAGAUCUGACGUCUCAUCGGGCUACAACGUCCUUUACGGAACGAAAUUACAAAACUGUACACCGCAGUUUUGAAGCAGACAGGUUUCAAUCGCCACGGCCAUAACGAGUGGAAAUGC